UAAUCAUAAUAUAUUUUAUGUGUCCGCAUUUAGAUAGGUCCGUGGCUCGUCGUCAAAUCUGAUCAUUACGUUUCGACACACUAUCGGUGCAGUUCAAGUGAAAAUUCUUUAUUUAUUUUUUUGGGUGUUUACUUUCUUAUAAUUCUUAUUCGUGUUUAUACAUUUUAUUUAAAUAAAAUGAACAUUUAUUCGGUUAAUAUUAUAUUCUUAGAUGAAGUACAAGUCAACUAACGGAACAAGUAUCGCCGAUUAGAUACAUUGUUAUACUAACAGUACUUCACCAUGUUUAUUAUUUUAUUACUAUUCGGGUUGUUAGCGGACGUUUUCGGUUAUUAUCUGGCGAAUUUGAUUUUACCCUCGAAUCCACACAAAGAACUAGAGUACACGUACGAAAAAUGUUUGUCGAUGAGGAAGAUCUUUUACGAAGGCCAAUGUUGGGAUUUGUUGACCAAAGGACCGUGCGAUGAGGGCCAAUGGUUGGUGUUGAACUGGGACGACAAGAUGGACGAAGGGCACGAGCAGCGGCUGACGGGUAAGUGCACGAGACGCCGGUGCAGCGAGUCGGACCUGUACUGGCCGUGGGACGGGUUCUGCUACGACGCGAAGAUGGCGCGCCACCGACGACUAUGCCCGAAUCCGGACACCGAACCCGUCAGGGACGAGUUCGGCGACGGGUACUGCGAGUGUCGCACCGGCGACAGCGCGCCCUACGUACGGGCCUUGACGGACGACGGUGACGAGAACUCACGGCCGUGCUACCCCGUGUACUCCAAGGGACCGUGCCCCAGUGGUCACGUGCUCACUCCUUACGGAUGGAGGUACGGCAACUGCACGACAGACCAGUGCGCUGCGGAACGUGACAACGGCGGACACGAGUGGCAAAGGGCCGCGAUGGCACCGUGGUCGGACGGCCGGUGUUACAGGCUGGGCACGCGGGGCCCGUGCGCCAGCAACGAGCAAUUCGCGGUCAGAUGGGACGUGAUGCGACCGGACUGCGUGAGGACAGCCACCGAGCUGGACCUGUUCUCCAACAAGAAGUCGACGGCGGCCGAGCCGCCAGCCACGCAGGCGCCGCCGUGCAAGACCGACCACUGGGGCGCGUGCGUGGACGGCGUGGACGUGCUGGCGGACGACCCGACGUACGGGUUCAAGACGCAGCUGUUGGCGUCCGCCAAGAGGCACGCGAAUCGGGACCGGAGGAAAAAGAAACGGACGCCGUGAUCGCCGUCCCAUCCCAUCGAUGUACGCGCGUAGCUCCGCAAUACUCCGUGUACCGUCGCAACAUCAAUUGCACGCUACACGAUCGCCCAUCACUGUAAUCCCUGUGCAACGAGCCCCACCCGUCCGAUCAACGACCGUCGCGCGCCGAUGCGAUGGUGAUAGAAAUUUAAAAAUUUAAAAAAAAAAACACAAACCGUAUGGCGGGGAACGUACAGCAUACGUUUUGUGUGUUCGCCGUACCCCUUGACGUGUGCGGACAAACGCGCCGCGGCCUCGCCGAAAACGUGCGCGCGUAAGUGACGGUGACGAUUUGUUACGAUCGACGUCAACGGGUCUGUUAUCUUUGAUCGUCACGCGUUCUUGUACGUGGCGAUCUCCACCGCGCCGUGCACUUUUCUGUUGAGUGGGAGGUUUUGUCGAACCGUUUUGCGUAAACGGUCACACGCCGUGCUCCCGGUGGCACGGUGAACUCGGAUGUUUUCAAAAUCGUGAGUACAUUUUUUGAUAAACAACCGACCACCAAACUCACUCCCCCACGGAGAUCCUGGUAAAAACAAUGACCGCGUAUAAAAAUCGAAACAACGCACCUUAGGAGCGAACGCAGGAAGAAAUUUCACGCGGGAGGGGGGGUUGAAAAAAUUUAAAAUAUUCACAAACAUCAUAUAAUUGUAUUGUAUACAUCGAUUAACAAACCACAGGAAACUUUUAAAUAACUCAUUAGUUUUUUAAUUAAUUUAUUAGUAGUACAUUUGUAAGUCAGAUAAUUUAUUUUUUGCUCAUGAUAUUUGGGGGGGGGGGUUAACCUCUCCUACGUUCACCACUGAUGCACCUAUAACCUAUAGUAGCUAAUGACUAAAGGCGCGUCCACAUAGUAUGCAAACACGAAUUACAGCACACGCGCAUACACAGCAUUCAUUAAAAACAUUGACAAUGUGGACGGGUGUGGGUACAUCAAAGGAAAAUAUGGUGACUGUUGGACGGGGUUUUUCAUGAUUUUGAUAUAUUUACCGUUUAAUGCAAUAAUAAUAAAAUUAUCAUCAGUCACUUUGUCAGUGUAGAUGUGUUGUAUACGGUAAACACAUAAAGUAUUGCGUUUAAAGUGUUCAUAACUAAUUUAAAAUGGAUUUUACUGACGAUCGAGGAGUAUUAAAAUUAAUUUACGAACACGGAAAAUAUUCCGUUUUGUGGGAUCCUAGGGACAAAUUUUAUAAAUCAAAUAAUAAAAAGAAGGAUGCGUGGGAUGCAAUCGCUACAGUUUUUAAAAUAAAUGGUGAUAUUUUAAAAAAAAAAAAAAAA